GGAGCUCAAAUUCAUUUCUGCUGGUGGUGCUGGGGGCACAGCACAUUGCGAGAGCCCAACGUGACGCACAAGGAGCCGCGGGGCCGGGAGACACAUGGCUAUCAAAUGGAUUACUCUGACAUACGUUUUUGAACUACAACGCAGCAAGGACAUUACAGUCAGCACUUGCACAGACCCUGCAGAUCUUCUUUGUCACAUUGACCAAAAGAAGGGGGAAAGAAAAAAAAACUACCUGGCUUUGAUGAGGAAUCAUUGAUUUUUUUUUUUUUUUUUUUUUUUCCUUCCUGUCCUUAUUCAUUCAGAAGUCAGCUGAUAUCACACUGAGCGGAGUGGACUCGGUUUGACAGCGCUGAAGAUGUGAAUAUUUUGGGUCAAAUGCGACCGCUUCUUGUCACACAGCUGCGCCGCUGAAGUGGAUCAUACGCGAUCACUGAGACCUGAGCAAAACACACCAAGAGACAAGGACACGCGUGAGAAAGCUUACCAUGCACUGAAAACAAGGAAUGGAAAGCAUCAGUGUGGAAACGGACUGGGAUGGGCUAGCCCUCUCCUCUCUGGUCGCCACAGGAAGGAGCAACUUCUCCUCCUCGCCCUUGUUUGUCUCUGAGCUGAACUCAUUCAACGCUUCUCACAGCGGGGGAUCCCUUUUCGGGCUCUUCCCUGAGAACGGUUCUACCACCACACCCCACACCAUGCCCCAGCCCAGGGUCAGGGACCUGGGCCUGGCCAGGGCAGAGAUCGCAGUGCUAGGGUUGGUGCUGGCUCUAACCACCCUGGGGAACAGCUUUGUGUUGUGGGUGCUGCUGAGGAGGAGAAAGCACAACGCGCCCAUGCACGUGUUCAUGGUCAACCUGUGUGUGGCUGACCUGGUGGUGGCCCUCUUUCAGGUUCUUCCCCAGCUAAUAUGGGACAUCACAGAGAGGUUUCAGGGGCCUGACUUGCUUUGCCGGUCCAUCAAGUACUUGCAGAUUGUGGGCAUGUUUGCUUCCUCUUACAUGAUAGUUGCCAUGACAGUAGACCGGCACCAUGCCAUCUGCUGCCCAUUGCAGGCCUACCGUGGGGGAGCAGUGUCCCGCUGGAACACCCCUGUCAUGGUGGCUUGGGGCCUGGCACUAGUCCUCAGCAUACCGCAGGUGUUCAUCUUCUCUCGCUCAGAAGUGGCUCCUGGGGAGUUCGAGUGCUGGGGUCACUUUGCUGAGCCAUGGGGACUGAAGGCCUAUGUCACCUGGAUGACUGUGGCUGUCUUCCUGCUGCCUGCCCUCAUCAUUACCAUCUGUCAGAUAAGAAUCUUCAGAGAGAUUCACAAUAACAUCUACCUGAAGUCAGAGAGGAUGGUGAUGGCUGAGCUUAAGAAGAAUGAAAUCCUCUUCCGCUUCCACAGGUUUAAGAAGGAUGACGAGCGGGCCAGGGAGAGGGGGAGACGGGCGUCUGGAGGUGGGGGCAGGGAUGGGAGAGGGGGACAGCUCCUAAAGGGUGUGAAUAACACCCCUCACAAUAACAUACACAACAGCCAAGUGGGAGAGUGCUACGACUAUGUACCAUCCGCUAUCCAGUACAACAGUUGCUGUGGUGAGCAUGUGGCAACGACAACAUCGCAGACGCAGCAGCAAACACAGAAUGGCUCGGAUUGCCAGGAGUCCUACACGUCCUACGAGCUGCCCGCGGGCUCGCCCCGCUGCUCCCUUGAUUAUGUUCCCCCGCACCCUCCAUCCACUCCGCCUCCAAGCAUCACUAAAGCCAUGUCCAAGACAGUGAGAAUGACUCUGGUCAUCGUGCUUGUCUACACCAUCUGCUGGUCACCGUUCUUCAUCGUCCAACUGUGGGCGGCGUGGGACCCCAACCCUCCAGACCAGGGAGUGGCCUUCACUAUCCUGAUGCUACUGGCCAGUCUGAACUCGUGCACGAACCCGUGGAUCUACACGGCCUUCUCCAGCAGCGUGUCCAGAGAGCUACAGAACCUGCUGCACUGUUGGUCGCGAACAGGCCGCCGGGGCUCCCUGCCCGACGACUCCACCACUACGCACACCUCCACCACCAAGGACAGCCUGUACUGACAGAGACUGAUGAGACUGAAACACACACACGCGUGCACACACACACAUACAUGCACACACAUGUUUUAAAAAGACAUGCAUGGGUGCACAUGUGGGCACGCAACUCUACCACCACCAACACCACCUCCAGUGUCGUAGCCCGAGAACAGAGAGCGCUGACCUCCACCAGAUGUUUCCAGCAACAAAGGACAGCUGUACUGUCAACAGGACCUCUAUCUGUAAUCACCUGUCCUCUCCCCAACAGUGAGGAAGGGUGUCAUUGAGGAUGUCAACACCGUUUUAUGAGUGCACCGUGGAAUAUACAGUGGCAGUCAAUGACAGCUUCUGCAAUAAAAAAUGGCCUUGAAAGAGAUUUUCACCUCUGUGUCUGUUGAGUAGAGCCCUGUGCACUGAUUCAUACGAGAAAAACUCUUGCCCUGCUCAGACAGAGCAGAGCAGAAGGAAUGCAAGGGGUGGAUCACUGCAUUAAUGGCCCUUACGGCACGCCUAAUGUACAAAGCAGCAGACAAAGCUAUGGGUGUAGAGAAAACAAAGCAGCAGGCUAAGGAACAGAGAGAGAGAGAGAAACACAUGCAGACGGCAAGAGAGAGCGAGACCUCUGUUGGACGGAGAACAGACAGGGGAUGACAUGGAUGUUAAACUGCGGGAGCGGUCCUGAGAAGGCUGAAGUUGAAAUCUAAUAAUGUGAACAAACUUUGUUAUAUCAAAGAAAGUGGAUUAGGGAUGGACGCUCAAGGCUGAAUUCAUAUUUGCUCUGGAGGAGUCAGGUUCCAAAGAACAAUGGUAAUUUGUUAGCAAGAUGGAUGGGGAUUAACUCGAGAGGACGUAGGUGCAGCAGAGUCAAGACGCCGCCCUGUGAGGAACUGCGGAUUAGCGCAGACAGAAACACUCGCACGCUCACAAACAAACAGAAGUUGAGGGUUAGGCCCUGGACAAUCCAGGUUUUCCACAACCAACUGGGACACAAUUAUGUGAUUGUAUUUCGUACAAACACGGCAUAUGAGGUACACAAAAAUGACCUUCCUGUCAUGCUCUCCUGAAAGUAUGAAACAAGAACAUUGCACAGGAGACACAGGAAGGAACAAACAAAUACGAAACAUUCAACAGCAUUCCGUGUACAGUGAUGAACAAUGUAAAGUAUAUUUAUUGAAAAUGUAAGGCACAUUAAAUAUUACUACAUUUUGUGUAAGAUGAAUGUUGAAUGUAAAUCUGAAAAUUGUAACGGUCCGACGUGUGGUAGAAAAAAAGAUGUCAAACCAAAGAUUUUUCUAAAGCUGGACUGUAGAAUCUUAUCAGGUCUUAAUAGUAGAGAUAUUACAAAAAUUUCAACGGAUAAGAUGUAUCAAGUGUUAAGACAAACUACUGCACAUCAUUUAGAUUGAAUGUCAGUUUAAGAAAAACUCUGCAUCAACAGUGAAAAUACUCCCAGUCAAAGCCAAGUGCCUGUAAUGUCAGUAGACAUUUUUAGAGGGGCCUCCCUCACUGGAUUAAUCUUUGAAUGAUGACAGCCAUGUUAUUCUUAGAAUUACCACCAGAGCAGGGAUCACUGAACAUGUUAUAUCACACCAUGAGCCAUGUGUACCUUUAUCUUUUUAUUUAUUGUUGCAUAAAUGAAAAUAUACAUAUAUAUAUAUUUCAGUUUCUAUUACUGCCUUAUGUUCAUGUACAGUUUUUAUAUCACAUUUUUCUGCAUUAAGAGUAAUGUAAUAUGCCCCUCAACUGCAUGACAGAUAAGAUAGUGAUGUUAUUACAUUUUAUUUUUUUAUAAAAGUAUGAUUAUGUAAGCUACUGUACAUACAGUCGAUGUAAUAACCUCUGUGUGUAUAAAAUGAGAUUAGAAUUCA